AUGUGCUUCGUUAAAGCAGAGCCGCUGCUUAACUACUCCUUUGGAACACGUCAACAUAGGAAGAUCUUUCCUCACAUCCAUCCCCCAAGCUUGUUGGGAAACACAUUUCCCCCUAUUAGGGGAGCCCCCAACAGAGGGCCUGGGUGUUACAUAGCAGAAGAUAAGUAUGGCUUGGCAUACAAUCUCUCCAAGAUCCCGACCAGUAAAAAAGGAUACACUCUUGGCGCCAGAACAGCCAUGAGGUUUAAGCCAGUUAGCAAGGAUAUGACACCUUACCCAGGCAUGUACCAGACAGUCAAUGUUCAAGAGCAAACACACAAACCAAAUUUUGCUCCAUUUAAUGCCUUGUUGCCUCGCUUUCGGACAUACUCAAAGGACUCUUAUUAUCCUGGCCCUACCACAUACAACCCAGAGAUAAAGCCACCCAAGAGAGUCAGAUGGCCAAUGAAAUUUGGAUCUCCAGACUGGGCUCAGGUUCCAUGUCUACGGAAAAGAACCCUGAGAGCUGAGCUGCCCACAGACAAAGACUUUAGGAAGCGUCGGAACCGUCUGGCCUACCUAAGCCUGUACUAUGACUGA